CGCUAGGCAGGAGCAGAGAAACCAGAAGCGCGAAAGGAACACCAGCUUCCACGGAAAUAACCAACAUUUUAAUGUAAAUAACUCGACAGGCUUCGCGUAGCGAGAUUCUGUUUUUUCUGAAAGGGUAAUUCCUAACUUUGAAGACCUACGUGCUAGAAUUUCUUUCUUAAUUGUAGAAAUAUAAUCUCAAUUUAAAUAUUAAAUAGGAGAGAAGAUAUUUUCUACUUUGUAACACCUCGAAGGGUAUUUAGCUCUUCAUUACGGAAGGUUCAGCUAAGAUUCUCUUUAAAUUUUGUAUGCAUUGCUUAAGCUUCGAGAAAGGACUUGGCUACAGGACGAACUUGGGGCGAGCCAAGAGUGCCCUUAAAAUAUGCUGGGCACAUAAAUUUUUCAGGCAAUUUAAUUGAAGAGCUCUCCGAAUUUUUGAAUUCUGGCAGCGAAAACUGAAUCACUUUGUAUGACGAGCUGAGAUUCAUUUAUCCCGCCGCCAAUUUGGUCGUCACGCCUUGGCAUCCUGUCCCCAAAAUUGUGGUCCCUCCCCCGGCUCAUCCAGACGUUCAAAUCCCGCUAAAACCAAACGGAAAUAAAAACACGAGGCAGAAAAAUGAAAUCAAAUCAAAUAAAACCAAAUUAUAUGGGGAAUGCGAGGCCCUUAAUAUGAAUUCCUGGCUCAUGCCUCCACUUUGUGUCCUUUUUUCCUUUUGAGCAGGUUAAGCGGGCUGCAAAUCCGCAUCGCGUAAUGAAAAUCAAAGUACAUAAAUAUAAAAUUAAAUGUCGUAAAUAAAGAAAAAAUAAUAACACCAGACCGUAUAAAAUAUAAAUGUGCAUGUCCGUGGCAACGCCACCCACGAAACGCCACCAGCGACAACAAAAACAAAAUUUAAGAAACGUGCCCCAUUAAAUAUUAAAGGAAGUCAGUAGGCGGAGCAAAGUAAAAAAACAGAUUUGGUACUCCAAGUUGUUAUCAUACUGACAGAUUUUGAAAAAUCACCAAGAGAUGCAUCCGGGCUAAAAAUUUUUAUAAUUUAAAACAAUAUUCCACAUCCAUCAACAAGAGCCAACCAUCAAUGUCCGCCAAGUGAAGCAUAAGCAAGCCACUCCCCCAGCUUCAAGAUGUACGGAUUGCUGUUGGAGAACCUCUCCGAGUACAUCAAGUCCGUGUAUGGCGAGGAGAAAUGGGAGGACAUCCGGCGGCAGGCUGGCAUCGAUUCGCCCUCCUUCAGUGUGCAUCAGGUCUACCCGGAGAACUUGCUCCAGAAGUUGGCAAAAAAGGCACAACAGGUAUUGGGCGUCUCGGAGAGAGAUUUCAUGGACCAGAUGGGCGUCUACUUCGUCGGCUUUGUCGGUCAGUAUGGAUACGAUCGCGUUCUGUCCGUCCUGGGUCGUCACAUGCGCGACUUUCUCAACGGCCUGGACAACCUGCAUGAGUACCUGAAGUUCUCGUAUCCGCGGAUGCGAGCCCCCAGCUUCAUUUGUGAAAAUGAAACGAAGCAGGGUCUGACCCUGCACUAUCGCUCCAAGCGGCGCGGCUUCGUCUACUACACGAUGGGGCAGAUCCGUGAGGUGGCACGUUACUUCUACCACAAGGAGAUGCACAUCGAGCUGGUGCGGGAGGAGAUCCUGUUUGAUACGGUCCAUGUGACCUUCCAGUUGACCUUCGAUAAUCGGGCGUUCACAUUGGCCUCUCUGGCAAUGACCCGGGAGGAGAAGCACCUGCCGAUCAGUGCUCAUGUGUUGUUCGAGAUCUUUCCCUUCUGUAUUGUAUUUGGAGCUGAUAUGAUAGUGCGCAGUAUUGGUAACUCUCUAAUGGUGAUUUUGCCGGAACUUUUGGGAAAGAAAAUAACAGCCUGGUUCGACUUAGUGCGUCCCCUGAUAGCCUUCAAGUUUCAGACUAUUCUGAACCGCACCAACAAUAUUUUUGAACUGGUCACUGUGGAUCCAGUCACUGAGAGAUUGGAUGCCCAAAGCGAGGACUUACUUUUGCACGAUGAUGGAAGCGAGCCCGAAAAGUCAUUGAGAUUAAAAGGCCAAAUGGUGUACAUGGAGAACUGGCGCAUGAUCAUGUUUCUGGGCACUCCAGUCAUGCCUGACUUGACUUCUCUAAUAACCACUGGUCUCUACAUCAACGAUCUGUCCAUGCACGAUUUUAGCCGGGAUUUAAUGUUGGCGGGAACACAACAAUCGGUGGAACUGAAGUUAGCCCUUGAUCAGGAGCAGCAAAAGUCCAAGAAGCUGGAAGAAUCCAUGAGAUUGUUGGAUGAAGAAAUGCGUCGAACGGAUGAACUGCUAUAUCAGAUGAUACCCAAACAAGUAGCUGACCGACUUAGACGCGGAGAAAAUCCCAUUGACACCUGUGAGAUGUUUGACAGCGUUUCAAUCCUGUUCUCUGACAUUGUUACCUUCACGGAGAUUUGCAGUCGAAUCACUCCCAUGGAGGUGGUGUCCAUGCUUAAUGCCAUGUACUCCAUUUUCGACAAGCUUACGGAACGGAACUCGGUGUACAAGGUGGAGACGAUUGGCGAUGCCUACAUGGUUGUGGCAGGAGCACCUGACAAGGAUGCCAACCACGCCGAACGAGUCUGUGAUAUGGCCCUGGACAUGGUCGACGCCAUCACUGAUCUGAAAGAUCCUUCCACAGGACAGCACUUAAGGAUACGUGUGGGCGUCCAUUCUGGAGCCGUGGUGGCUGGAAUUGUGGGCUUGAAAAUGCCACGGUACUGUCUGUUUGGUGAUACUGUGAACACAGCAUCGCGGAUGGAGUCCACUAGCAUCGCUAUGAAGGUGCACAUCUCCGAGUCCACGAAGAUUCUCAUUGGUCCAAGCUAUAAGAUCCUCGAACGUGGGGAGAUCGAUGUUAAGGGAAAAGGGACUAUGGCCACCUAUUGGCUGGAGGAACGCGAAAACAGACUUCCGUUGCAACUGACCGCCGCCCUACAGAUUCAUCCGUUGUCACCGGCCCCACCUGCCUCAACGGCCAAGGCUAUAAUGCCGCCGCCGGUUGCCAAGCCAGUUUCGCCAUUGAUUCCAGUGCCAGUAUCUGUGGCUGUGACAAUUGCAGGUGCCGGUCCGAUUCCGGUCACUGUUGCGGCUCCAACUCCAGCUCCUGUACUAGCUCCCAUUCCUGUGGUUCCGCCCGUUGAUAAAGUGACUCCAUCUGCCAGUAUGUCGGGAGUGGUGGUCACUGCCACCAAUACCCUCGCUGCUGCAACCCACAUGGCACACCAUCAGGUGACUGGAUCAGGCGCGGCACCAGGGGCAGUUUCGUCGGGAACGGCUGUUGCCCCUGCUGCAGGAGCAGCUGUGGAUGACCGCGGAAGUCGCAUCUACUCACCAGUAACCUUUAAGGACGUGGCUCGUCGCAGCAUUGCCAAUUCCCCCGUGAAGAGCAGUGCUGGCUUCACGGAUCAGGAAAAGCGUCGUGAAUCGCGAUCCAAUUCCACGGGUCAUGUGUUCAUGCGUUCGCCGUCCGAUAUAUUCGGUUCCCUCAUCCUGGACACUGAAGAGUUUCUCGAGGAUCUGCAGAUCUCACGCAGUUCGCUGGCCAACAACAACAACAACCAUACUCCCGUAUGUGGCUUUAGUCCAACGCCCCCGUUCCGGAUUGGGAGUGCUCCCCCCAAACCGAGGCCCAGUAACCCGGAUAAGUUUACCCCGGAGGAACUCGCUGCCAUGGAUCAGAUGACGCCACCAUCCACCGCUCCGGCCCGGGAGACGGCGACCUGCAGCAGUGCAUCCUUGGACCGCGAGAAGGCGGCCAAGCUCAAAAAAAUUACCUUUUCCAACAGCAGCAGCCUGGAUGCAACCACCGCCCCCAGCACCAGUGCUCCUCGAGGUUGUCCCAUCCGCUCCAAAUCGCCACCCCAAUCCACACAAUCGAUGCAAGUGGUCCAGGCUAGUACCAGUAAUAGUGGCAAUAAUCGACCCAGCUCCAAGGAUUCGGUAACAUCCAUCUCACUUCACUCACCCCCACCUCAUAGAUCACAUUCGGCACCUGCCAGGCCACAUUCCAUGUCAAAGGCAGCACGAAAAGCCUUCCUGGCGGCCAAGCAAACAAAAGCCAUGGAAAAGCUGGACAAGAUGAUUGAGGAGGUGCACGAGGUGGAGUCCCAGUCUGCGGCCAAGGCGGCCCAUAUGCGUCUGGCGAUUUUCGGACAUGAUGGUGGCGGUGGAGACUUGGCAGCCGGUGGGUGCCCACUCUUCUUGCCACCACCGCCUCCACAACAGCUGAUGCCCAGCUCUCUUUCAGAUUCUGGUCUAUGCAGUCAUGGCCACAGUCACGCCCCCAGGUGCCAUCACGUCGAACCCAAGCUGAGCAAUAGCCAGAGUUUCCACCACUCCCCGCGUGGGGGAAUCACUCACCAGUGCUGCAGUGGCUUUGGACAUGGAAAUGGUCGCCAUUCGCACCGGAUGCACUCCAACGCCUGUAGGAUUCUGUAAAGGACUCUCCACAAUCCCCAAACCCGAACCCACAAUUCACAUCCAUAUCAUGUACAACUGACUCGGAUUCCGCUCAAUGUUCGCGCGUGCUUUAUGGUGUCGUGAUUAACUAGUCAGCAAUUAUUAGAAUUUAGUUAGUCGUUGAAUCUCAUAGCUUAUAGAAUAGAUAAAAGAUGUACCUAAAUGUAUUUUAUGUAUACCCCAAAGUGAAUCCAAAAACUAUAGCUAGUCAAAACAGGGCUUUAAAAUUCGGCGAAUAAAUGUCCAAAUUAUACUAAGAAACUGUAUAAACUGUUGACUCAGUAUGUAUUUAUGUGUAUAUUUAACCGAAUACUGAUCAAAAGAUUUCAAAUUUUCUGACCUCUAAAUAUGACAAUACAAGAACGAAACUAAAUUUCACAAAAAAUAAACAAAAACGAACCAAACUAUGGCUUUUUCACACACAUCUUCAUGAAACCACCUGAGACAAGUUUGCUCGCAAAGAUAUACCGCGUUGUUUAUAAAUAAUAUAUUACAAUAUAUAUAAAUGUACUAUAAAACUCUAUAUAUUUCUAGUAGUUAAAUGUUUAAGAAGUAGACUUUCUGUGAACACGCCUAUUAAAUAAAUGUUUCAAGAACAUAGAGAAAAUGGUAUUUUUUAUACAAUUUCGGAGGUACUAAUAUUUC